AUGAGUGCAGACCGCGGGCAAGAUGGCGCUGCUGACCAUGCCCCCGCCUCGGCUCGCCCACUUCAACCUCCGCGCUUCAGUUCCUUCCGACCGCUCGAGUCCGCCUCCACAGCCAGCCCGUCCAGCAGCACCGACAAACCUCCUUCCGCCCUUUCUCCGUCUGUGAGUGGAGCAUCACUCAAGACCAGUCGACAUCGAAAAUCCGAGCACUCCAGUCAACGCUUCCGCAAGAGCGAGCGGGAGCGGGAGCGGCAUCCCGACCAGUCGAGUGCUGCUGGUCCGUCGUCCCGCGGGGAAUCAAGCCACGCCCGUGAUCCAAAGCUUCGGGACGAAAAGCGCAGCCACCGCAGCCACCGUGACCAUAACCGCGAUUCGGGCUCUUCCAAAGACAAGCGUCGACAUCGGUCGCGCUCGCCUUUCCGCUCAUCAAGAUAUUCCGAACACCGCAGCUCUACCCGAGUCGACUCAGAUUCUUCGUCAAGAAAGCCUCGACUCGAUCCAGAGCAUCCCGGCAACUCGUCGACGUUUGAUCGCGACUUGUUCUUUACCGAUACCAGGGGCGAUCCAGAUGCUCUGCUAUAUGGCCAAGAUCGAGCCAAGGUCCCUCGAUCCCAUCGAGUCUCCCGCUCGAUCGACGCACUCGGUGCGGCUUCGCGCGACCCUCUCACCUCGGAGCGAGACGAGCCUCGGUCAAAUUUCCCGGACCCUUCGUCCGCUUUCUUACCGCCACCGAAAGCACCCGACUUUCCCUUGACCGCAGAGGCGUUUAUCGAUAUCAAUCAGGACUCGUACGCAGUUGGUGAUAGCUACCCGCCGCCGCUUCCUGGUGCUGGGAUCGACAUCAGCGAGCGAAAGAGAAGGGCACAGGCCGCCGUCGACGCCGUCCCGACGGAUAUUGAUGCUUGGCUCGAGCUGGUGCGAUGUCUUCCGCUCGUUUCCUUAGCUACAGCCGGAGCAUCGAGCUCGACGGCUACACCGUCCAAAGCACCUCAGACUGCGGGCAAGGACGCCGCCUCAGUCGAUAUCCAGCUCUCCGUCUUUGAUCGGGCCUUUGAGGCAGCACCCAGCAAUCAUCGCUCGAUCCGCCUCCAUCUCGAACGGCUGCGCGUUCUGACGCAGGCCGACACAUGGCAGCCGUCGGCAGUCCAAGCCGAAUUCGUACAGGUCCUGAAUCGCUUCCGCCACACGGACCUGCCGCUCGGCACGAACACCGAAGCCAGUGUCGUUGAUUUUUGGCUGCUCUACCUGUCGUGGCUCGAGUCGUCGUGGUCCAUGUUCCAUUUCGACCAGCUCCUCGACACCUACAAGGAAGCUUUAGACAGCCUGCGCGGACAUCUGCUGAGUGCCGCGGCAGCAGGGCCUGCGAGCGAUGCUGUCGAAGUCCUAGCGCAGGGCAUGCUGGCGAUUCUCGCUCAGCUUCUCAAUACUUUGCGCAAGAGCGGAUAUCACGAAUAUGCCACUGCGCUCAUCCAGGCAAAUCUCCAUUUUGGUUCGGACCUGGAUUCCACAAUCACCCAGCACACGCAUCGCGUCUGGCGUCCCGCAAUCGAGCCUAAUCAGAGAAAGCAAGAAUAUCAGCGACUCGUCGGGGUCGUUAGGGAGGCAUGGGACACAGGAAGCAUCGCCAAGUCGACAGAAGCUUUUUCUGGGCCCGUCUACGGGUCUGACCGGAGCACUCAAAUGACGACUGUACAGGAUGCAGCCCAUAGCGAUCAUUUUGCAUCGCGAUGGCUUCAAGCCGAGACGACUCGCUGCAAUCAUCGAAGCUCUCCGGCGCGCCUGGAAGAUCUGCCGACAUGGGAAAUCGAGGGAGACGAGAUUGACCCGUAUGCCACAGUCCUCUUUGACGACUUUGCCGCAUUUCUGCUCCCGCUACCCUCCGAAUGUCGUGCGCGCCAGAUGCUUUUGGACGUAUGCGUCGAAUUCACGAAACCUGCACGCGGUCUGAUGUCCGAGAUAAUGUCUUGGACCAGUCAAGGCUGCUGGUCAAAUCAGCAGCUACAGCCCGACUUUCAGGGCUCGAUCGAUGCCUCCUUCUGGCCACGAACGCUGCACAGGGCAGACGAGCUCGGACCCAAACCUAUCGGCUCCUCAAGCGAGUCUGCGACUGCUCUGUCGAGCGUCCGUAAGGUGCUCAGUCUGUUGUCUGCCAGGGGCAUCCACUUGCCGUCGAGCGACGCUUCAAGCUCCGUCCUGGAUGAUCUUCUUAACAGUCAAGCACUGGAUCCGACCCUUUCGAUCCCGGACCAGCGCCGACUGUGGGUCUUGCGCAUCUACCUCGAGCUGCAUCCAGUCGCAACAGUGGUCGACGAGGUCGACGUGCGCAAGCUCUUCGAGCGCGCCACGAGCACCGAGGCGGGAAUGCACUGUCCGCUCCUGUGGCGUCUCUGGGUCGACUUUGAAUCGCGCUGCCUCGACUGCAUGCUCUCAACCUCGCAAGAAUCGGAGACGACAGAGCCGAAGAAGCGCGGAUCAUCAAAACGCAAAGCAAAGGAGAAGCAGGUCGCCAGAGCCAAAUCGGCGUGUCUCGAUGCAAUCCGUGCGUGUCCGUCUUCAAAAGGCGUCUACCUGGUCGCUUUCACCGCUCGGCUGUCACGCGUCUUGACUCAGCAAGAGCUUGUCUGGAUCUUUGACACCAUGGUCGAAAAGCAAAUUAGAGUUCAGGUGGACCUCGUCGACUUCAUUCCGCAGGAUCCCGGCGCUGGACCACAAAAGGACGACUCCGACGAGUCGCGGAAUGACCCUUUUGAUCCAAAUUUGCCGUACACCAAGCGCGAUCCGCGCUACGAGCAGGUCGGUGGUGGUCCGUCCGCGUCCGCACAUCAUGCGUCCUGCGCAAUCGAUCUGCUCCGACAGCAAGCACAAGACCAACCGCGGCCUAUCGGACUCGAGAAUUUGCCGACGGAACUCGUUCAUGAGAUCCUCGUGCUCUCACGUUCGGACACUUUCGCCGUUGCGAGUCGGACGUUGCGCACCCUCUGCCAACAAGCGAGCGUGACCGAUCGCGUCGACUACAUCAUGGCACGGUGGGUGGACCGCUACGUGGCGCACAAGAUCGCACAUCCGUGUCGAGCCAAGCACAAAGCGUGCAGGCGACAGACGAGUCGAGUGAUUGCGCUCUGGCGAGAGCGUGAGCCUGCGUGGCCUGACUAUGUCGCCACGCUCACGGUGGAGCCGUGCGAACUCGAUGCGCUGCGUACGGCAAAGCUGGACGUAGUUACUUUUGCAGCCGAGCUCGGCAUCUGUACAGUGCAGGUACUCGAGCGGUUGGUGAAGUGCGCGGCUGCAGCCAGGAUCCCGCGCGCGCUGCUCGGUGCUUACCUGCGAAACGAAUCCGCAAACGGUCCGCUUGUAGUGCACGAGGCGCUGGAAAGACUCGAAGUGCCGCAACCGCAGCUGCCCAAGCGUCUCUUCCGUCACAUUGACAUUUACGGCUACGCCGAACCAAACCCUUCGGCCGUCAUCGAGCGUCCCAAGAAGAGGCGCAGAGGGCGCAAGGGAGACACGAACGACUGUACAGAGGUCGGGCCGGUUUCGAGUGAGGAGGCGUUUCCCGAGUGGCUCACGCGGCUCCUGAGAAGUUUGGGACGUGAUGCUCCGCAUUCUGCAAGAUCACACGCGACGGAACAGGCCCACGCGGAGUCGGCAGCACCCAAUGGACUGGCGGACAUCAAGCGGGCGCACCCGAGCGACGAGUCGGACGCGAUCAAGACGAGCGUUGGGGCGGUGCCGAAAGCUGCGGAGCUGGAGCUGAUUGUGACGCUGCUGUACCAAUACGGAGCGGACGCCAGCUCGCACAGCGGCUAUCCGCUCGCCAUGGCUGUCCACCGCGGAUCCUACUCGCUCGUCCAGCUGCUUCUACUAUUUGGCGCCGACCCUGGAUGCAAAGACGGACUGGCGGUACAGAUUGCGAUCCGCAACGGCAACCUCAAUCUCCUCCGCUUGCUCAUCGACGGUCCGUGCCUCGACCACGACCUGACGAAUCUGUUGCCGCUGCAGCCACCGAGCGCUCCACCACAGCUAGGCUCGCCCGUCUAUCGUCUUGACCACGCGCAUCUCCGCCUGGCGAUCCAGUGCAAACACUGGCACGUGGUCGACUUUAUCUGGCACGACCAAAACGUGUCGCCGGACAUUGCGUGUCUGCGCCUGCUCGACAAGCUCAAGCCCUAG